GAGAGAGGCACCAUCUUUACCAAUAUAUUCUUCAAUCAUAGUUUUACUGGACAACAAAUCUCAAACUUCACAAACCUGUCAUCUCAAAUCGCUAUGGACUGUCGAAACGAAGGAUGCACCCAGCCACAAGAUGAGGACAUCAUGGACAUUCCCCUUGAUGACCCAGCUGCAAACAAGGCUGCUGCUAAGAUUCAAGCUGGUUUUCGAGGUCACAUGACCAGGAAGAAAAUGAAGGAUGACAAGCCUAGAGACGAGAAACAACGAGAGCAGAAGUAGCUAAGAGGACCACCAUCACCACUGCCCGAUAGCACAUCACUGCAAUAACCAGAGCUCUUUUGUUUAAAAAGAACCCUUCAGUGUAUGAUAUGAAAUCAUCAACAUC